AUGAAGUUCCUCCUGCUGCUAGCAGCCGUGAUCAUGGUCUUUGGCCCAAUCCAGAUCCAGGGGAACCUUCUGAAUUUUAGGAAAAUGAUUGAGAUUAAGACGGGAAAGAACGCUGAGACUAGCUAUGGAUUCUAUGGUUGCUACUGUGGCGUGAGUGGCAGAGGAGCCCCCAAGGAUGCAACAGAUCGGUGCUGCUUUGUUCAUGACUGUUGCUACAAACGUCUGGACGAAAGUGGAUGUGGCACAAAAUUUCUGACCUAUGACUUCACCUCCGAAGGGAACAAUAUCAUCUGUGCUGACCAGGGCUCCUGUAAGAAACAGCUGUGCGAAUGUGAUAAAGCUGCUGCGGAGUGUUUUGCUCAGAACCAGAAAAGCUACAGUCUAAAGUACCGGUUUUACUCCAACAUUUUUUGCAAUGAGGAGGCACCCAGCUGCUAAGAGGGCCACUUCUGUGACCCCUGCAUUUACCUAAGAGAGUC